AUCAGAGCCGACCGGUGCCAGGCGCGUGUGUCUCCGGACCCCUGCGACAUCACGCUGCACAUCUGCAGCACAAACACUUUCAACGCACAACAUCGAGAGAUCUCUUCACAAAACUACCACCUGCUCCAAUUCACGCGUUUUUAGAGGACUGAGUCCAUUAGCGAGAUUUUUCAUUCGCAGCACAUUCAUUACGGAUUCGUUGCGCACACGCUCACGCUAUUCAUCAAACGGAUUCCUAAUCCGGAGUCAGAAAAGCCAUUCGUCCAAAGAAGAUUGCCAGCAUUAUUUAUAGACCCGAAUUAAAAGAUACACAAGCCGCAUUGUGGUGUGAAACUCCAGCAUCGCAGGAUGGCUGAUGUCAGCUCUGAAUGCAACAUCAAGGUGUUGUGUCGUUUUCGACCCUUGAAUCAGUCCGAAAAUCUCCGUGGGGACAAAUUCAUUCCCACAUUUCAGGGAGCUGAUACUGUCAUCGUUGGGGCCAAGCCGUACGUCUUUGACAGAGUUUUUCCGGCGAACUGCACACAGGAGCAGGUGUAUAACGCCUGUGCCAAACAGAUUGUCAAAGAUGUUCUGGAAGGCUACAACGGCACCAUCUUCGCUUACGGACAGACAUCUUCUGGAAAAACAUACACCAUGGAGGGAAAACUACACGAUCCGAAUGGCAGAGGAAUCAUUCCCAGGAUUUCGGAAGACAUCUUUAACCACAUUUACACCAUGGAUGAAAACCUGGAGUUCCACAUUAAGGUUUCCUAUUUUGAAAUCUACAUGGAUAAAAUUCGUGAUCUGCUUGACGUGAGUAAGACAAACCUAGCCGUUCAUGAAGAUAAGAACAGAGUUCCGUAUGUGAAGGGAUGUACUGAGCGUUUCGUCUCCAGUCCUGAAGAAGUGAUGGAUGUUAUCGAUGAAGGAAAAAGCAAACGGCAUGUCGCUGUUACAAAUAUGAACGAGCACAGCUCUCGGAGUCACAGCAUAUUUCUCAUCAACAUCAAACAAGAGCACGUGGAGACGGAGCAGAAACUCUGUGGAAAACUUUAUCUGGUGGACCUGGCGGGAAGUGAGAAGGUGAGUAAGACGGGGGCUGAAGGCUCGGUUCUGGAUGAGGCCAAGAACAUCAAUAAAUCUCUGUCUGCACUGGGAAAUGUUAUAUCAGCUCUGGCUGAGGGUACAAAGACUCAUGUACCAUACAGAGACAGUAAAAUGACACGGAUCCUGCAGGAUUCACUCGGGGGAAACUGCAGGACCACUAUGUUCAUCUGCUGCUCCCCAUCAGCCUUCAAUGAUGCUGAGACCAAAUCCACUCUCAUGUUUGGACAACGUGCAAAGACUAUAAAGAACUCAGCGUCUGUCAACAUAGAGCUCACCGCUGAGCAGUGGAAGAGAAAAUAUGAGCGAGAGAAAGAGAAGAACAAGAGCCUGAAGGAGAACAUGAUGAGACUGGAGGCGGAGCUUCAGCUCUGGCGAAAUGGUGAAUCUGUCUCAGAGAUGGAGCUCGGCCGUGUGUUACCUGUUGAUUCAGAUCUCACCUAUGAAACACCUUCAGACACCCGAGAAACUCACACAAACUCAACAUGCACCAAACUCUCAGAGGACGCGAUACGUGAACUCUACAAACAACUCGAUGACAAGGACGAUGAGAUUUAUUUACAGUGUCAGCUGGUUGAGAAACUGAAGGAACAGAUGCUGCAUCAAGAGGAGCUGCUGGCGUCGUCUCGUGGUGACAGUGAGCGCGUGCAGUGUGAGCUGAGCCGGCUGCAGGCCCAGAGCGACAGCGCUAAAGCAGAAGUGAAAGAAGUUCUGCAGGCGCUGGAAGAACUCGCCCUCAACUAUGACCUGAAGAUCCAAGAGGUUGACGACAAGACCGUCCACAACCGGCUGCUCACGGAAGAGCUCGCUCACAAAACUUCACAGCUGAUGUGUUUGGAGGCGGAGUUUUCACGGCUACAGGAAGUCAGCGGUCAGCAGAGGAAACGCAUCACUGAGAUGCUAAACACCCUCAUGAAAGACCUCAAUGAUUUCAGCUUCAUACUGGGAAACGGUGACAUCAGACUGCCGUGUGAUCUGUCAGGCGUGUUGGAGGAGGAGUACGCGGUGGUGUGUGUGUGUGUGAGUAAGAUCAAAUCAGAGCUGAAGUCGGUGGUCAAACGCUGCAGACAGCUGGAGGCUCUUCAGUCCGACUGUCAUCGCAAGAUGGAGGAAACGGGUCGAGAGCUGUCAAGCUGUCAGCUGCUCAUAUCACAGCACGAGGCAAAGAGAAGAUCCCUGACAGAGUACACGCACAACGUUGAACUCAAGAAGAGACAGCUGGAGGAGAACUAUGACUGUCUGAGUGAAGAACUUGCUAAACUGCGGUCUGCAGAGAACGGUUCAGAGGCUCCAUCACACACAGAGGAGUCUGGAAAUGUAAAGUCUCACAAACCUGUGGAGCAGAAAAAAGACGUUCAGCGUGAGCCACAACUCAAGCAGCUCGGCCGUCUGCGUGAUGACAUCAACCACAAACAGAAGAUCAUCGAUGAACUCAGAGAUGAUAAUCAGAGGCUGAGUCUGGAGCUGGAGCAGAUGAGCAUCGAGUUCACAGCGCUCAAGAACCGAGAACAUCAGAAAACCAUCCAGCUGGAGGAGCUCAAAUAUCUGAAUGAACGUCACGAGCAGGCCAAACAGGACAUGAAGGGUCUGGAGGAGACAGUUGCCCGAGAACUCCAGACCCUUCACAAUCUGAGGAAGCUGUUUGUUCAAGACCUCACGACUCGAGUUAAACGGGGCUCUGAGAUGGAGCUGGAUGAUAGCUGGGGGUGUUCAACCCAGAAACAGAAGAUCUCCUUUCUUGAGAACAACCUGGAUCAGCUCACAAAAGUUCACAAACAGCUGGUUCGUGACAAUGCAGAUUUGCGCUGCGAGCUUCCGAAGCUGGAGAAACGUCUUCGUUCUACGGCUGAGAGAGUUCGGGCAUUGGAGGACGCACUGAGAGACGCCAAAGAAGGCGCAAUGAAAGACCGCCAUCGAUACCAUCAAGAAGUAGAGCGAAUCAAAGAAGUCAUGAGAGUCAGAAACCCGUUCAGACGACCUCACUCGGCUCUGAUUGCUAAACCGAUUCGUCCAGGACAUUACCCCGCCUCCCUACCUGUCAAUCACAUGUUCCUGCACAGCAGGGAUCAGCCAAUCACCUUCAGCAAUGUGAUGUUCAACAGCGUUCCUCAAAAACACAAAUCCUCAAAAACAAACUCCAGCGUCAAGCUGUCUGAGGAUGAGAGACACAUUACAGCAAAUGCCACCGACUCCAUGAACUCCACUCACAACAUGAACAUCACUAACGGUAAUGCUCGAGAUGUCAAUGAUAACAGCGUGUGUCAAAAUGGAGAAUCUACAACCAUCGGUGAACAUCAGAUCAGAUCAGAUGAACUUCAACAGAAUCACAACGUUCAUGAGCAACACACUGUCAGCUAAUCACAUACAAACACAAACAGGUGAUUCCAGACGUCUGAAUUCUCUUCUGUAUAUUUGCAUGUUGCCUGCCUGCAGAUCUCAGUGAUGCUCAGUUAAUCUUUCCUGUAACCUCACACACUUACAGCGUAAAUCAUGCUCUCAAACUGUCAUAGAUGAUGUGAAAGAUCUAGACCAGUGACGUAAUGUUUAUCAUGUUAGUAAUAAAUCAUGACAAUGUUACAGAUUCCUGAGAACGACCCAACACAGAAAAUGUUCUCCACAAAGGUCAGCGUGAUGGUGCGGCAGAAUUCUCGAGCUAUUUUUAUGUAGUUGUAACUAUUUUUAUACAGACAUUUGAAUGACAGGGUAGCGUUACGUCAGGCAGUGUAUUUGUUCUGCGUCGAUUUGUAUGCAUUAUUUAGCUAAGCUAUUGUUGUUUAAUGUACACAAACUUGCUAUUGUUUUCACGUAUGAUUACAAACUAUAAAGAGAGUUAGAAAUUCAGAGUAGUGUUUGUGAAAUAUUUAUAAAAAAGUUUGAGAACUAAAUGAAUAGAGUCAGACGAUUAAAGAUCGAAUCUAUUAUAUAUAAAGAAAAAAGACAGUAGAGAAAAACGUUUAUGGAAUAACUCUUCAAAUCAUGACUUUAUACACGUCAGUGUAAAAUCAGUGAGAAAGAAAGCGAGUGUAUUACACGCUUAUCAUAUUAUUUUAUAUAGCUAAUUAUAAUUAUUAUAGAGAAUAACCACACAAAACACAAUUGACCUUAUUCAUGGUCAGUGUUCUUUUUUUUUUUACAAAUGAGCACAUUCCAAUGUCCCUAAACGAACAUUUUACUCAACUUUACUAUAAAUUUGUCCUCACACCAGAUGAACACGUACACACACACACGCCGUGAUCAGACACAGUCACAUCAGUCAGUGUGAACCCUGAUCAGAUAAAGAAUCACGUGUGUGUGUGUGUCUGGUCUGAGUCUGACCUCUGAACUCUCUGUACAUCCUGAUCUUUCAGUCAGGACAGGAGAAAUCAGAAACAUGUGAUUUUUAGACAUUUUUUCUGACUGGCCACAGGAUUGUACCCCCUCCAUUAGUUUACCCGGUAACAUUAAUAUUUUGAAUUUUUUCUUUUUUGGUUUUGUUGACUAUGCGUAUUUUAGGCUCUUUAGACAACAUGUUAAAUGCCGUCUUAUUUGUUGUUAGUUGUUUUCACGUAUUUUUUAUACUCCGAGGAGUUUUAUGUGGGCUGUGCAUUUGGAAUUUGUAUUUGCAUUAUGUCAUAUGAGUAAUGAAAAUAUAAUGAAUUUAUAAUGAGUUAUUAUAAAUAAUACACACGCUUGAUCUGGUAACAACAGUUAUAAUAUAAUAACAUUGACAGGACAUACUGUAAUGCAUUGCAACACAUGUAUAAGACAUCAUUCAUAUUUUUAAUAAUGCAUUAUACCCUUUUACAUUUUAAAGAUAACUGCUAUAUCAUCUGAUCUUCAGACUACUGGAUGUAAUGAGAAUUCAUGUACAUUACUGCAGAUUGUACACUCUUUCAAGAGAACUGAAAUAAUAAAAGCUCAGCACUUCUAAAUCAACACAGCUCAUUUUGAAUACUGGAAAGUCAUGCACAGUGAGAUUUAUAAACCAAUGUACCCGCUGAUGGACCGAUGAUGUGUAUUAUUAUCAUUUCUUGUGUUUUGGUUUUGUAGAGCAUGAUGGACAGAUUUGUCUUCCCAUGUAAACAUCCCAUGUUUCAAUAAAGAGCCUUCGG